CCCGCAGUAGCUGAUUGCUGCACGCCAGUUGGGAGUUUCUGCGCAUCAGUUGAGCAAGUUUUGUUCUGGGACAGCCGGCUACAAGGAUGCAUCACUUUGUGAUUUUAGGUGUCGCCAUUUUGGCUCUGUUUCAAGGCUCCAGCGCCACUAAAUGUUUUGAAUGCAUCUCCAAGCUCAACAGCAACUGCGGGGAUCCUUUCACUGGGAGUACUGCGACAAAGCAAGUGGCGUGUGAGGCAGGCUGCCAGAAGGUGACCGAUAACCAAGGUUACGUUUCUCGAGGCUGCGUCCUUGUGAUCGGAGACAUCGCCCCAGAACCCGGAUGUGACGUAGAAGAGGGCGGAAGUGAGUGGUGCGUCUGUAAUAAAGACCUUUGCAACGCAGCCCCUGAACCUGCUUUCAGCAGCCAUUUUCUUUGGCUCACUGGACUAGCUGUCGUGCUUGCCCGCUGGAUUAAUUAGGAACUCAUGUUAAAAACUCUAAAAACGUUAAAUUGUGCCUUCAUUUUUCAAAUUUAUUAUAUUUUUAAAUGUUUUUACAUUUGCAAAUAUAUAUGCCUACUUAUUAAUGUUAAUUGCAGAUGAAAACUGUGUAUAGACCCAUAUAAUGCCUAAAAUCUGUUAUCUCCUUUAUUAUUGCCCGACAUUACUAGUACUGUAGUAGGCAACUUUCUUCUUUAUCCAAUUUUGAUCGGGCUCUUACUUUUACAACUUCAGCGUUUGUUUUAACAAUUUCGGCUUCUUUCAGCGUUUCAUUAUCAUAAUUCUCCGGUACUUCUCGCGUGUAACUUCCCUGUCGGAAUGAAUAUUUAAAUGUAAUAAGGA